AUGAACGUCAACUUCGAUUCGAGUGGAGGCGACCUCCUCGACCUCUCCUCGUUCGACCAGCGGGACCGAUUCUCCUACGCCUCCCAAAUCCCCUCCUCGCAAAACAGCCCCCAGAGCGUCGCAAACAUGCCCGCCCAAAGGAUCUGGCCCAUUCCUCUCGAUAUGGCCUCGAAUCCCGCUGUCUCGAGUCCUCCCGAAGACCAGCAAGCACACUCGCCUUCCCACAGCUCCUCGCCUCUCAGCCAGCACUCCCAUCACUCCCCCUACCAGCAACCCGUCAACUCCUUGACCGACUGGGCUCUUCAGCAACACCAGCACCAGCAGCAGCAACAGCCUCACAUCCCCGUCCAGGACUUUUCCCAGUUCGUCUCCGAUGCCUACAUGCCCGUCACCUACAACCCCUACGCCCCGGGUUUCCAGGCGAAUACCAUCGACUUCCUCCCCGCGACGACUCAAGCUUUGGCCGCAAACUUCCAGCUCGCAUCCGCUUUCAACACCAUGCCGCCUAUGGACGAGACUGUUCCCGCCAUGAACUGGAACAUGGGUAUGGAGAGCUGGCACGACAUUCAGGCCGCCGCUUCCGCUCUGCAGAUUGAGGGUCUCUCCCACAGCAUCGGCAGCAACUCGCCCACCGGUACUUUCCUCGAGGUUCUGUCUCUGCCUAGCUCUAGCAACGGAGAGGGAUGGUCAAUGGUUGUCGAGCAGGGUUCCGGUGCCGGCUUUGACCACUUCCAGCAGCCCCAGCCCAACGCGGCAAUUUUCAACCCCAGCCAGACGUUGCAUCUGCGAACCAACUCGGACUCGUCGGAUGGAGCCAACUCGUUUGAGCUCGGCAGCUAUGAGGAGAUUCCCCCGUUCCCCAUCUCGCCCUUCUCCCCCGAAUCCGAUGGAUAUGUCGACGCAGGAUCCCACCGCAACUGCUUCGGCGACAACCACAACCACGCUCACAACCACGACACAGUCAGCCCUGCGUCCGCCGUUGCUCCGAUGCCCAUCAAGACGACGACGACCACCACCCCGACCCGGCCUACGCCCGCCAGCGGCUCCGGUGCCACCUCGCCUCCCAUUGUCAGCGCCCGGAGGAACUCGGGCCAGAGACGGAGCCCCGUCACUGCCAAGUCUACCAAGGCCGUCAUCCGCCGCACCUCCACCGGUAAGAAGGACGGCUCCGAGGUCAAGAAGGUUGGCCGCAGAAAGGGUCCUCUCCUGCCUGAGCAGCGCAAGCAGGCCAGCGAGAUCAGGAAGCUCCGUGCUUGCCUCCGCUGCAAGUUCCUCAAGAAGACCUGCGACAAGGGCGAGCCUUGCGCUGGUUGCCAGCCUUCUCACGCCCGCCUGUGGCAGGUUCCUUGCACUCGCAUUGACAUCAAGGACAUUGGUUACUUCAUGAAGGACUGGAAGGCCGACUAUGAGCGUCACCUUGGCCGUGGCGUCUCCGUCUACAACGUCAAGGGCUUUGCCCAGAGCGAGACUCUCAUGUGGAUCACUCACGGCUAUGGCUUUGCCCUCCCUGUCUACGUCCGCGAGGUCUUUGUCGCCGACGACAGCUGCUUCCAGGCCGACUGGGUUGAGUCUUGCCUCACCGACCAGGAGCCCAUCGACUUUGAGCUCCGCACUGGUAACCUUGACGUCGGUGCCAAGGGCGUUUCCGUCGAGGCUCUGUCCGACUACCUCGACAAGCACAUUGACGGCGGCUUUGAGGACUUCAUUGAGGACCACUUUGAGGGAACCCCCUUCAUCACUGAGAUCCUGAAGACCGCUCACCGCUACUACGUCAAGGAGCGCAUGCCUGUCAUCCGCAAGGCUCUCAAGCUUGUCCUGGCUUACAACCUCACUCUUCACAUCACCCUUGUUGAGAACCAGGGCGAGGAGGUCAGCCUUGACGGCCAGAUCGACGACGAGGACUCCAAGUACUACGGCCGGACCGUCGCCCCCGUCAUGAUCAACUUCCAGAUCAAGUGCGCCAUGGCCGACAUGUGGCGUGAGCUGCAGAAGGAGAUUCUUGAGGAGCUCUCUGCCCUGUACUCCAGUGUCUACAGCGGUGAGCGCCUCAAGAACUGGCCCACCAUCUUCAUGCUGGCUUCCAUCCUGCUUGCCGUCUGGGAGGAGAUGCAGUUCGACUGCCACUACCGCGUGCCCGAUCCCGCUGCCGUCAACAAGUUCUGCAGCGACAUGGAGACCACUCCCGUCGGUGUCAUUGUCGGCCUGUUCCACGCCAUCUCCCAGAAGCUGCCCGCCUUCAUGGACUGGGACACCUCCAAGCACGGCCACCUGUUGAACAACAACGUCGCCGUCUGCGAGGCCAUGACUGAGGUCCGCGAGCACGUCAUCAAGCAUGAGUCGUACUUGCGCACUCGCCCCGAGGCCACCUUUGACCGCAACGACUUUGACUGCUUGUCCAACAAGUUCCUGUCGAAGUUGGUCAUCCGCGCCAACUAA